CCGAGGUCACGCGCGUGCUGCCACCAUCGGGCGCUCUUGAUCAGACACGGCGUCCGAGCUUAGCUUUCCCCGGAUUUGCUUUAAGAUGGCCCUGUCUGUCAGCUUCCGCCUCUCUCUGCUGCUGCUGCUGCUGCUGCUAUCCACAAGCCAUGACGAAAGCGCGCUACGACUUCAAGACGCGCCCCGUCGCGCACCCGGAUGCCAUUGUCGCCGGCGACAAGUACCGCUUUACCAUGCUCACCGAUGGCCUGCUCCGCUUCGAGUGGGCCGACGACGGGCGUUUCGAAGACCGCGCGAGUACCUUUGCCAUCAACCGCAGGCUGGCCGUGCCCGACUUCUACGUCUGGGACAGAGGCCACGGAAUCGAGAUUGUAACCAAGCGCUUCCACGUUGUUUACGACAAGAACAAGUUCAGCGCCGAGGGCUUCAAGAUACAUCUCAAGGGCAACGUCACGGGCACAUGGACAUAUGGCCAGCCUGUCUCCAACCUGGGCGGCACUACGCGCACCCUGGAUGGCGUCAAUGGCCGCGCCAGGCUGGGCCCUGGCGUGCUGUCGCGAGACGGCAUGGCGCCGUUGGACGAUUCCAAGUCGAUGCUCUUCGAGGACAAUGGCUGGAUCGCAGGCCGCAGGGGCGGCGACAGGACCGACGAGUACAUCUUCAUGUACGGCCGCGACUACCGCGAAGCUAUGCGUGCAUACUAUGCUGUCUCUGGAAGCCAGCCUCUGCUGCCACGCUAUGCCAUGGGCAACUGGUGGAGCCGAUACCAUGCAUACACGGCCAAGGAGUAUCUCGAGCUGCACGACCACUUUGACAAGGACGAUGUGCCCAUGAAUGUGGCCGUGGUCGACAUGGACUGGCAUCUGGUGUGGGAUCUGCCGGAUGGCUAUAACGGCUGGACGGGAUAUACGUGGAACAAGAAGCUCUUCCCUGACCCCGAUGCCUUUAUGAAGAAGCUCCAUGACCGUGGAAUGCGCCUGACACUCAACCUGCAUCCCGCAGACGGAUUCAGGCCAUUUGAAGCCCAGUACGAGAAGGUUGCCAAAUACCUUGGCAUUGACCCAGCCUCCAAGCAGACGAUUCCUUUUGACUGCACAGACAAGAAGUUCAUGGAUGCCUACUUUGAUAUUGUGCAUCACGAGCACGAAGACCGAGGCGUCGACUUUUGGUGGGUCGACUGGCAGCAGGGCAACACGUCAAAGAUUCCUGGUGUCGACCCGCUGUGGGUGCUCAACCACUUCCACUUCCUCGACAGUGGCCGUGGCUCCCAGCGCCCCUUGAUACUCUCGCGUUUCGGCGGCCCGGGUGCGCAGCGUUAUCAGGUUGGAUUCUCUGGAGACGCCAUCAUCACCUGGGAGAGCCUGCAUUUCCAGCCCGAGUUCACUGCUACCGCGUCCAACAUUGGCUACGGGUGGUGGAGCAACGAUAUCGGCGGACACACGCACGGCUACAAGAACGACGAGCUGUACACUCGCUGGGUCCAGCUUGGCUGCUGGUCGCCCAUUCUGCGCCUGCACUGCGACAACAAUCCCUUCAAUACCCGCGAGCCAUGGCGCUACAAUGAAGAGGCCUGUGGUAUCGUCGAGGACACGCUGCGGUUCCGCCACCGCCUUAUCCCGUAUCUGUACACGAUGAAUGCACGAAGUGCCAGCGAUGACGAGCCACUUGUCCAGCCCAUGUACUGGGACUACCCCGAGGUCGACGAAGCCUACAACGUGCCCAACCAGUUCCGCUUUGGCUCGGAGCUGAUUGUUGCACCUAUCACGCAGCCACGCGACAAGACUACGCAUCUCGGGUCCGCCAAAAUCUGGCUCCCAGAGGGCCGCUUCGUCGACAUCUUCACGGGCGUCGUGUACAACCGCGCGGGCCAACUCAGCAUCCAGCGGCCCCUCAACCUCGUCCCCGUCUUUGCCAAAGAAGGAGCCAUCAUUCCGCUCGACGCGGCCUACCGCCCCAAAACCGGGUCUCCCAACCCCCCGAGCCUCGAGAUUCUCGUCGUCGUCGGUGCAGACGGCUCCUUUACCCUCACCGAAGACGACGGCAAAGGCCAUGUUGUCGAUGACGGCGGCUUCUCCAUCAUCUCGGCCACCGGCGACGACGAGUCCCCCGGUGACGACACGGUGCGCUUCGCCCACACACCCAUCACCUACAAGCAAGCCACGGGGGUCCUUACCAUUGGGCCCACGACGCCGGAAAACAGCGCCAUCCCCUCAUCCCGCUCAUGGUCCAUCCGCCUGCUCGCCCACACGCUCGCCCACGACGCCCAGAUCCGCUGUAUCGCCACCGCUCCUUCUCCCCGUAGUAGAUCCGCGAAGCAAAUCCCCCAUUCAAUCUCCCGCGACGCUACCGGCACCCUCAUCACCAUCAAUGACGUCCCUACCUCGCACAAAAUACACAUUGAACUUGCUUCUCCCACCGCCGCCUCUGGCCCCACCCUUGACAUCCUCGACCCCAACCCCCGUAUCUGGGAUAUCAUUGACAAGGCAUGGAUCCAACUUGAUCGCAAAUGGGACAUUUGGAACUGCGUCAAUAAUGGCGAGCCGGUGCUUAAUAAGGUGCGUGCAUUACAGGGUAGGGGUUUGCCUGCUGAGUUGCUCGAUGCCAUUUUGGAGUUGUUGCUGGCGGAUGCGCGGUAUGCUGGGCAGAGUACUACUACUGGUGGUGUUGUCGUCGAGGAUGAGGAUGACAUGGAUAUUUAAAUGUGUGUGGGAUUUAAAAUGGGGAAGAAAGCAGAGUUGGAGUUUGGGUGUAUAUGCUUUCGUUGCAUGUGUGUCUGUGUACAUAUCUUGGAUAUAU